GGUUCCAGAGCGGCAGAAGCCAGCAGUCUUGCCUGGCUGCCAACCCAGCCCUCACCCCUCUCCCUACGCUGCACCAAAGCAGCGAGCUUUUUUACCUCGCUCCCUUCCUUCCUACCACCCCACACACCACCAUCUCAUCUCCUCUCCUCGCCUCUCGUCGCCGCCAUGUCGGGGCUGUACAGCCCGGGGUUCUCCCCGGCGAGGAACCUCUCCCCUCAGAUUAGGAGCGGCAGCCAGGACGUCGAUAGUCAGUACCUGGCCGAGUUGCUCGCCGAGCACCAGAAGCUGGGGCCGUUCAUGCAGGUGCUGCCCAUAUGCAGCAAGCUGCUGAGCCAAGAAAUUAUGCGGGUAUCAAACAUUGUCCACAACCAUGGAUUUGGUGAUUUUGACAGACGAUUUAGAAGUCCUAGUCCGAUGUCAUCACCAAACCCCAGAUCAAAUCUCCCUGGAAAUGGGUUCAGUCCUUGGAACGGCCUACACCAAGAGAGAUUAGGUUUUCCUCAAGGAGCCAGCAUGGAUUGGCAGGGAGCACCACCGAGCCCUAGUUUGCAUGUUGUAAAAAAGAUUAUGCGUUUGGAUGUCCCGGUUGAUUCUUACCCAAAUUUCAAUUUUGUGGGACGCAUUCUAGGGCCUAGAGGUAACUCUCUAAAGCGGGUAGAAGCAUCCACUGGCUGUCGUGUUUUCAUUAGAGGAAAGGGUUCCAUCAAAGAUCCAGGGAAGGAGGACAAACUCCGUGGAAAACCGGGCUAUGAACAUCUGAGCGAUCCACUGCACAUUUUGAUAGAGGCUGAGUUCCCAGCCAGUAUCAUUGAUGCAAGAUUGAGACAUGCACAGGAGGUUAUAGAAGAAUUGCUAAAACCAGUGGAUGAGUCACAGGAUUUCUACAAAAGGCAACAGCUUAGGGAGCUGGCAGUGCUAAACUCAACCCUGAGGGAGGACAGCCCCCAUCCUGGGAGUGUCUCUCCAUUCAGUAACAGCGGUAUGAAACGCGCGAAAACGGGCCAGUAGUGAAGCAACUCCACCACCCUUUGAGCCUUUGAGGUGGUGUCCAGGUACCUUAUGGCCUCAAAGGAUGACAGUGGCACACCUUCAGGCAAUGUUUUGCCAUGUGUGUGUGUGUGAAGGAAGCAAUGCAAUGCACCUUCACUAGAUGAGUUUGGUAUCAGUCUGAUUUUCGCCUUGACUUAGGGGAAACUGCAGGAACAAUGACAAUAGUCGCGGAUCGUCCGGUCGAUCCAUCUUGGUUUGUUGUAAGGUCUCCAGAACAUUUGUUCUAUCUGUUAUUGACUGUUAACCCUAUGAUAGGUUAUCUCCAUGACAAGCUAGACAAGGCCUGAUAUGUGAGCCUUUUUAUCCUCUCCAUUUACCCCUUUUAGGUGUUUAAUUAACCUUGUAUUAUAUCCUCACAUUUAUGGAUCCGCGGAAAAUAAAAAGGGUGUCAAGGGUCACCCCUUUCUACCUUACAGUAUGUCAGUAUUUGGUUAGAGUAUUUUUCCCAACCUUAAGAUACCAUGAGGUACCACCGUUUUCUAUGUAAAAUUUAGUAUCUUCUAAAGGACGUGAAAAAUACUCAUUUGAUUAAGUUGUGAACAAUUCC